UCUUGCGCGAGUGUUUUUGAUAUUUGUUAUUGUGAGUAAAAAUAUUAUCAAUACAGAAGAUUCUUCCGUGAUAACUGUUACUGAUUAUCGGAUUAGUAGAGAUACAAAGACGCUGAAUAGCUAUAAAAUUACAAAAGUGGGUGAAAUUAAUAGUUUGCUCCAAAUUUAAUAUCAAUAGUCAUUGUGUAUAUUCAACUGCUUACGAAUUAUUUGGUGUUGUGUUCGUGUAUUGUAUUAUGUAAUGUAACGAUGAAAUCGAUUAAUCUCGGACGUAAUACAAGAAUCACCUAAACCACAGUACCCUUUAUUGUAUCGUUUAUAUCUGUGAAAUAAAUAAACAUUGUAAGAUUCGACACGUGGGUCUCUGUGAAUUAAAUCGAUAAAGACGUAAGCGUGCGCCAGUCUAUCAACAAGACUAUUCUACGUCAAGGUCACUUCAUAUAAACACGUGCAAUGUCGGAUUCUAUUUACAAUCAUGACUUUCUUUUUGAACCGAGUUUAGAAAUCAAACAGGAGUCUCCCUUUGAGUUAGGGACGAUGUCAGCAUCCGUUCCGAUACCGCAAAGGCGCACUGAUAUCUGUGACUUUAACUCUGACAUAGAUUUAUGUUUACAAGACUCUCAAGUUGGCUCUUUUCACAGUGUACCCACACUGUCUUACAGUAAGCUUUCCUUUGACACUGAAUCUCCAAAAAUGGAACCAUUUAAAAUGGAAGAUGAUGAUAUAUUCCAAGUGGAUAAAGCUGACUUGAUAUUGGGGCCAACUCUUGCUGAGCUAAAUGCAAACCCAGACACAUCUCUUGACGAUUUAAAUUUUGAAGACUUACUUUUGCCAGAAGAGAGUGGUUAUUGUAUACAAAUCGGUGGUGCUAUGAGUGGCUCAAAACGCACCAUGAACACAUUACAGACUAAUACAUUAAUGGCAGAAAGCCCUUGUAGUCCAUAUGGGCAUGCUCAACUUGCAUUUUCACCAUCCAGCCAACACAGCUCCGCAUCUUCAAGUUUUGUGCCACCAAUUAACCAGUUGCCAGAAUUGCUAUUGCGGAUGGACGGUUACAGUGGAGAAAUUGCUUUGGGGCAGUCUGUGCCUGCAUCAUCAGUCUUGCCGCCCUUUCCCAGUAGUGUUAAAACACACCAAGCACCACUCUCCUCGUCUGCCCCAACACAUCUGACAAUGGACCAGAUAUGGCAAAGGCGAGAGCCGCGGAAGCACUUGUUAUCCACCAGCUCCUUGGCAGAAGCAGGCUCAGUAUCUUCAUUGUCUGGUGGUCUACUUAGUCCAGGCACUGGGGACUUCUCACAGGAUGAGGAUGACAGAGAUAUUGAGUCAGAUGAAGACAGUGACAGAUAUGAGGAUCUAUCAUCAGAUGAUUCCAAUGAUGACUGUCCGGAAAGGAAAGAGGCAAGACAAAAUGCUAAAAGGGAAAGGUACUUUUGGCAAUACAAUGUUCAAGCUAAGGGACCUAAAGGGCAAAGGCUGAUCUUAAAGAAAAAAUCAGAGGACCCCCAUGUCUUAAACUCAGUUACAGACCCAGUGUUUAGUCCAAACUGUAAUGUAAAAGGCAUAAAACACAGCGGAAAGGCACGAAAGGGUGAUGGAAAUGACCUAACGCCUAACCCCAGGAAACUUUAUUUGAUUGGUUCAGAACUGGAUAAGUUGGGAAAAGUGAUAAAUGACAUGACUCCUGUCAGUGAAUUGCCAUUCAAUGUAAGACCAAAGACAAGGAAAGAGAAAAAUAAACUAGCCUCAAGAGCUUGCAGGUUGAAGAAGAAGGCACAACAUGAGGCAAACAAGUUAAAACUGUAUGGUUUACAACAGGAACACAGACGUCUGAUGAAUGGAAUCAAUCAAUUGAAGCAAAUUGUCAGUGGUCGAGUCACAAACCCUGAAAACAGUGUUGAUUGGUCGCCACAUAUCGAUGGUGUGGUUAAUUCAGCAACAGAGGUGAAAAUAGCCGGUAAAACUUCAGAAUUUGUUAAUACAAUAUUGGACAAUGUGAAAUCAGGACAAAAUAAUGGUGGUUUAACCGACAUUUAAAGGUAACACGAAUAUUAUAAACGAAAGGCUGUUUUAUGUACCUCCAAAGUUAUUUAGAGAAAAAAAAAUCUUUUUUGUCUUUCAUAUGAAAGCCUAAUUGUCAUAGACAAUUUUAUUUUUGUAUGAAUCAAAUGAAAUAUAGAAGAAAUAGGUGUUAUAAAGUCUUACUAUAGAUAACAAAAGGCAACUAAUAGGAAUGGUGAAAAUUCUCAUGAAAUCGUUUGUUAUUGUUUUGUCGUUUAGUAGACUUGUGUAUUGUUUCGUUAUGUUUAAUAUAGUAGUUUAAGUUAAUUAAAAAUAUAAGCCAAACGAUAAUAUUAGUAGUAGAAUAAAAUAAGUGCUAGUUUAUAGGAAAUUUGAAAUAAAUUUACCAUAUUGUUAAGUGGAUAGUUGUGGUAGAUUAAAACUCAUUGAUGUAGACAAAUCAACUUUUCACACUCAUUUUAAAAUCACAAAAAUUUAUUCUCUUCACUUAAAAAAACCAAUGUCAUUGGUAAAUUUAUGUCCGAUUGUAUGAAUUUUCCGGUUAUAAGAAAAUAGUGAAAUCUAUAUAUUUAUUCGAUAAAAAUAAUUAAUACUUUUUACGAGUGCCAUCUCAAAGACAUUUUACUAUAGUGUUUUAAAUAUUUGUUGUAAAUAAGAAAUCCCUUUUGACGCAAUUAUUAUUGUCACACGUAUGAUAAAAACUCCAAAAAAAGAUAACUUUGAUUCCUUUUGUAUUUAAACUAACAUUCAAACAUUAAUAAAAAAGCAUUUAGUCAUUAUACUGAAAGCAAAAUUUUAAUCUAAAAACUAUACAUUAGUUUUUAGAUUUAAAUUAGAUUUACUUUAAGUACUUAAUAUUCGUGCGUAAACCCGCCAAAAUGCGAGUUAAAGUCUCGUGCACUGAGGGUUCCUUCGAAGGAAACGUAUUUAUUUAAUUCAUAGGUAAUUUAAAACUUAGAAUUUACUGAAAUUCGAUUAAAACAAAAUAAGUAUAGUCUUCGUAAAAUUUACAAAAACAUUCCUUGUUGCCAAAUUUUACGAUUGUAGGCAAAUGGAAGUCGGAAAUGUUUUGAUUUCCUAGCGAGUGCUACAUAGGCAUAAACGGCCGUAUCUUUUGAUUGCAUUUCGACUUCGAAAGUUUGAUUUACUACAGCCUCCAUGCUGAGCUGAGUUUUUUACAUUAAUUUUAACUCACCCCCCAUUCCUAAAAACAGACAAGCAGACAGGGUUUGAGGGUUCUUUUUUUCCUUUCAAGGUACGGAAACCUACAAACAAGCGUCUGUCUGUCUUUUCGAAGUUAUAAGUGCGUGUCAAUAAUAAGUCAUUUAAUAUCACUUGAAUUUUACGGUAAAGGAAAACAUCAUGAGUAAACUUGCAUUCCUGAGAGUUCCAUACCCGGCUAAGUUCGUUUUGGGCUUCUUGCCCAUGGGGGACCAUGGCGCGUUUGGAACCCUCGUAGCUUUAGUUUUAUGUUUACGAACAUGGUUAUCGCCAUCAUCUCACUACCGUUUACACAUUUUUCAUGUAAUGUAGGCAUCAUAAGUGCCAUCUAUGGGCGUAAUUGAAUAAAGAUAUUUUUGACUACAUAACGAUCUUAUAGCGUCGGAAGGUGCCGAGCCACACUGGGCUGACGUGGUGGACUAUGCUCUUCUCAUUCUGAGAGUAGAUCCGUGUACUGUAGUGGGCUGAUAGGUAAAAAACUGAAGUUAAGUACAUUAGCCUAAAAUUGCAUUAUAAUUAUUGUAAAUGAUGUCUUGCCAAAAGGGAUUUGUUAUAUAAAUAAGAUAUUAUUAAUAAUUGCUAUUCUACUUAGCAUAAUAAUGUGUCAUUGUGUGUAGUCAUCGUCAAGUUUGAACUAGUCAGUAUGUGCAUGUCAUUCGAUUUUAUUAUAAAGUACUGUGUAUACUGCA